ACUCGCAGGCGCAUUUGAAUGACGCACACGGAAGUGGCUUUCAAUAGCCUAAUAUUUUGUUGAUGUUGUUGCUAGCGGUAUCUGACUAAUGUUAAUGGUUAUGUAGAAGUGGUUAAAGGAACUCAUUAAGUGAUGGCAGAGGGGAGUGGACAGGAUGUUGUUUCUGAGUACCUUCAGCAAAACCCUCACCUGGCACAAUGGGUGGAAUCCUUAAGAGAGCUCUCCGAGACAAAGAAACACUGGCAUGCCAGGCGAGAGUUUGUUCUGCGCAACCUGGAGGUCUUUCCUACCAUCCAACCAGGGAUCACUAGUCCCAGUCUGGACAGGCUUCUUUCUCUGUCCAAGGUUUGGGCCAACCAGACGUUCUUAGGCUGUCGCUAUCCCCAACCUGUGAUGGACAAGGUUAAAGAGAUGGCAGAAGGGAUUGGUGUGCAUGAUGGUCCUGUUCAUAAGACAAAAGAUGAGAUCGUAGGAAAAGGAAAGAGACCGUCUGUUUCAGCCGCGGAUGCUGAGAGCUGUGUUAAGAAAAACAAAACUGUUCCUAACGACUCUGGCAGUAAAGGCGGAGAACAAAAUACUGACUGUCCGAAUGCUGCUGCUGUCAAAUCAGGUCCCCUACCCGAGGCCCCUGCAGAACAUCAGCCCUUCUUUAACCGCCUUUAUAAAACAGUGGCCUGGAAGCUGGUGUCUGCAGGAGGCUUUGGCCCCAACCUGGAUCACUUUGAGAUCCUGCGCACCUGUGUGGAGUCAUGCAAGGCCAGCCUUACUUGUGUAUUUGUGCCUCUCAAAGACAUUCCUGACCUGCCUGCUGGCUGCACCCAAAGAGAGGGCCAGGUGUGUGAACUGCGCUGCCACGCUGUCUACAUGGGCACAGGAUACGGCCGUGACGAAUGUGCAGCGAGGGCCAUGGCCUCAAAGGAGGCCCUUAAAACAUUUCAGGGGCGGAAGGUGACGGUGAAGAUCUCCCGUCGCAGGUUCCAGGGUCGAGAUGUAGAGGAUUUGGUCCUGUUAGAUGAACAGCCGAGAAGCUCAAUUUUGCCUCCUGCUCUUAGCUAUCCUUUUUAAGUCUAAUUAGUAAAUCUCUGUCUCUUUGUGCCCUACAACUUCUAAUUUUGUUUAAUUUCAGUUGCAGUUAUAAGGUCAUGUUGAUGACGGACGGUUCAGGGCUGUAGGGACCGACUUUUAUACACUAAAAUGUUUGUGCAUUAAACGCUGAUCAUAAACGAGCAACAGUUCAUUUUUGACAAAACAGUUUAGAGUGCAAGCAUAAGUGUGUAGGUUUGUUUAGAGUCUGAGCCCCACUUUUAUAGACGAGUCUACUGGUUGUAAUUUCAAGUUUUGUGCUAACUUGACUAUGAUUUGACCUGUAUAUCAGCUACUAUUGCAUUAAUAAGCAAACUACACUUGACAUCUUUACGUUCUGAAAUCUCUCGGUCUGUUUUAAGAUAUUUGAAAUGGUUUCUCUCUCAUCAAAGUAGUCAGUUCAUUUAUGAAGAGUUGUAAAGUUCAUCCCAAUCGUUGAUGUCCUCUUUAUAUGUUCAUAUAAAACGAGUUUGGAUUAUUUAAUUGCCUUUAUCUAAGUGUAUAUGGUUUCGAUGGAUUAAGCCUGAAUCUGUGUGACGUUCUUCUUCUUAGAGCAGCUAGUACUGAACCUUGAAUUUGAUCUUAAUAUCAUUUCCUUGUACCAGGAUUUGUGUUACUGAUACAUUGGCUAAAUAUUUUUGAAAAUACAUUAUUUUCCCUGUUUUGACAGCAGAUAAAACAGUCAAUAUUACAUGCUGAAAUCAGAGCCCUUGAGUUCUGUAUGUACUUAAUAAAGCAUCCCAUGUUUCACAAAAUGUGUUUUACUACAUUGCUUUAGUUUUUCUUGUUUUAAUUCACUUAAAAAAAAAAAAAAAAAUCUUGUCAGAUCAUUAACAAAUGCACAUUUUUGGUCAUGAUACUUAAGUAUCAAUAUUUCCACCUGAAGAAAUUUAAGUUUUUGAAGUAAGCAUAUAUUGAACAGUAAAAAUAUAUUAUUUAACACCCUGUAGUUUUUUGGUUCAAUUGACUCAUUUUAAGUAAGCAAUAGGUAUAAGUGAAUUGAGAAAUGUCUAUAACUUUUAUUUUAUUGAAACACUCUACAUUUAAUUGGAGAAGGCACAGGUCUUUAAUAGAACUUUUUUAAUAAAAAGUCAUGGUAGGACUUGAUUAGUAUUUUUUUCUUAGUUAAUAGUCAUUCUGUAUCUUUGUUUUAUCAGUGUCACAAAUUGUUAUGAAACUAAUAAAACUGAAUAAACUCCAGGAGUUCGAGCACA